GAGUCAGAAUCCUGUGACCCCAUUUUUUUUUCUUCUUCUUCACUGGCCCUAAUCCUCUUCCGUAAAUCCGGGACAUCUCAGUGUCCCGGAUUGUUUCUUUUCUUCUUCAGGACAGACCAUGAAAAUCCGGGACAGACGGCAACACAACGCGCAACCACCAGCCGAAGAAGAAAAAGGCGGAAGUCAGCACCACAUCGCUAAGCGGAGGACGGCCAAUGGGACUUGGUCUGGUGUUGAAAAAUGUGUAAAGUCAGAAUCCUGCGGGAUCUGGUCAAGCACCGAGUAAACGUGGCCAUCGAGGAGAUAUUUGAACUGUUUGACCAAACCCUCGGGGAGUACGAGGAGGAACUUUGCCGAACUAAAGCGGAGAACGUGCGACAACGCGAACUACUGGACACUGUUCUCAACCCCCAAGUCGCAGUACACGCAAUAGAGAUCCAGCAGGUGUUGGUGCAGAGUCAAGAGGCAGCCACCCAAGAGGGCGAGCUUUCACGGCCCCCAUGCAUUAAGAAGGAAGCGUGGAGUAGUCAGGAUGGGGAGCAGCUUCAACGGCAGCAGCAGGAGGCUGAUGUCAGGGCAUUCAUGCUGCCCGUUGGCGUGCCUGUAAAGAGUGAAGAUUAUAGCCCUGAAUCUCAGCAGCUUCAUGGUGGGCAAAGUGAACAGAACAGAGAAGCUGACACUCCACUGUCAGAUAUGGACGAGGUGAUGUCACAGUCAUCCGAUACGGAGCACCCAGAGCGCGCCAAAGAAACUUUGGCAAAGAACUCCCAAGGCGAUGCAACGCAUCACACAGACAACAAACAAUUCAAGUGCUCCGAAUGCGGCAAAACGUUUACACACAAAGGAAGUUUAAAAAUCCACAUGAUCAAGCACACCGGAGAGAAACAUUUUGCUUGCUCCUGCUGCUCCAAAACCUUUUACUUGAAGCAUCACAUGAACCGACACAUGCGAAUACAUACGGGGGCGCAUCCCUACUCCUGCUCGGUUUGCGCUAAAGGAUUCCGAGAUAACUACAAGCUCAUCAACCACAUGAGGACACACGUGGCCGAGAAACCUUUUGCAUGCUCACUUUGUAUGAAACAAUUCUCCAGUCGGGAAUGUCUGGGCCUGCACGUGUCGACCCACGCAGAGGAGAACCCAAAUGCCUCCAGUAGGUCCAACCAGAGUCAGUCACAAGUAGUGAGCAACUUUGCUCCGCUUUCAGAUCCGGAUGACAAAGACGCAAUGGCUCCGUUUUCUGAUAUGGAUCGUAGCGACGACGGCGAAGAGGCGGAUAAGAAGUCCGACGACGAAAACAGUAACUUCAUCUGCUCCGAAUGCGGUAAAACCUUUGACCACAAGGGGCAUUUCAACAGACACAUGAUCACGCACACUGGGGAGAAACCUUUCGGCUGUUUGUUUUGUACCAAAAGCUUCACCCGCAAAUCUGAUCUGAAGGUGCACAUGCAAAUCAAGCACACAGGUGACAAGCCUUUCAAAUGUACUGUCUGUGCCAAAACCUUCCCCAUCAAUAGAUAUUUGAUCACGCAUAUGAGAAAGCACGACGCCCACCUCCCAUUUAGCUGCUCAGCGUGCGGGAAGGGUUUCUCUACCAAAGAAGACUUUGAAACGCACACCGCCACAGAGGCCGAAUGCGGCGGAUCGCAAGCGGACGACACGCCGCUGCACUCUUCGGAAACGGACCACAAAAAGAACUCUAAAUGUGCCCCUGCACAACACGCAGGCUUCAUCUGCUCCGAAUGCGGCAAGUCCUUCGUCCAGAAGGCCACGUUGAACCGGCACAUGCGAAUCCACACCGGGGAGAAACCUUUUGGCUGCGCCGUUUGCAGCAAACGCUUCUCCCGAAACGGAGAUUUGACCAUCCACAUGAGAACACACUCGGCAGAAAAGCCCUUCAACUGCACCCUAUGUAGCGAAUCCUUCUCCCUCAAGCACUACUUGAACGUGCACAUGAAACGACACUUUGCCGACAAGCCUUUUGCUUGCUCCGUGUGCAUCAAACACUUCAACACCAAGGCACACCUGAAGACACACAUGAAGCGACACACGGGGGAGAAACCCUUCAGCUGCGAGGUGUGCGGCCGCUGCUUCUUCUGCAAGCGUGACGUCAGGACGCACAUGAGGACGCACACGGGGGAGAAACCCUUCACCUGUCCCGUGUGCAAUAAAGGCUUCUCCACCAAGACGUACGUCUCCAUGCACAUGAGAACGCACACCGGCGAGAGACUCUUCAGCUGCGACGCCUGUCAUAAAAGAUUCACUUUUAAGACACAAGUCUACAGUCACGUGUGUACCGGAUAUAAAAACGGCAAUAACAGCACGCCGUGACUUUGAACAGCAUAGCAGACUGAAUGUUAAGUUGUUUAAUGUCUUGUUGUGUUUUGUGUUUGACUAUGGAGAAUCAUUUCUUGCCAAACCCAGACUGGCGGAAAAAAACGGUAACUAUGUCAUGACGUUAAAUGUUAGAGUGGUGGUCACUCCAACUUAUUUUGCAAGAACCACAUGGGAGACAAUUAAGUCUUUUCGGGCACCUGCAGGCGGAGAGUCCAUUCGUCACUGUGCGUACAGCAAUGAUCGAAUGACGUCUGACUCUCGCUUCCCACAAGAGCAUCUUUAUUAAGAGAAAAAGGGUGGGGGUGACAGUGGACUGAAUAAACAAGUUAAAGCUGUUGAUCUCUAGAUUAGCAGAGCAGGGAAUGUUUUACGACAUUGUGUAGGAUGGGACAAGCUAAGUUAUUUAUUACCGGUUACAUACCAACAUAAGCAUAAAACUAAUCUACCUAGGUUAUUUAUUACCGGUUACAUACAUUCCAACAUAAUCAUAGAUCAAGAUAGUUUGGAAAACCCUGACAUUAAAACACGUUUUUUAUUAUGCUCGCAUCCUCGAUCUACUUUAAGAAUUUGAAAAAAAAUACAGUUGUGUUUGAUAAUGAUCACAUUUUGCAUGUGUUUUUACAUAAUAUUCAGGUUUAAAAUGAUAGGUUUCAUGGCUUAACGUCAUUAUGUUAAGACGUGGAAUGUCUGUUGAAACAUAACUAAUGUAAUAACGUGAUAUGGAACUUUUUUGUUUCUGGUAUGUCACCAAUACGCAUGCUUAGCGAAACAAUCUAACUCAAUUUACAAUUUAAAACAACGUCAGGAUCGAUCAAGCACUAUAUGUCAAAACACUACAAUAAACAUCAAAUUUAAAAACUA